AUGCUCCUACCUGGCAUCUUUGUCUUACUGAACCAACGUCCCCAAAAAUACGAGUUACGUUACAAUAUGUUACUCACCAAGCUUCUCGGUUUUCAAGCUGUUGGCGCUGCCGUGGUGAGCUCGUCGGCUUAUACGGGCUACACCACGGGAAGCUCAAAUCGUCUGGCACACCUCCCGGUCCCAGCUGAGACGUAUCCGCCGUUGCUCGAUGCAACACUGGAGGACCUUCGAAAGGGUCUCGAUACUGGUGCGUUUUCGAGCCUCAAUCUUGUCGACGCAUACAUCAAGCGCAUCGAGGAGGUGAACCCUCGUCUCCGGGCCGUCACGGAGAUCAACCCGGACGCGCGCACAAUCGCAAAGAAGCUAGAUGAAGAAAGGAAGAAAGGGGGUUCAAACCUCGGUCCUCUCCAUGGCAUCCCGAUCCUUGUCAAGAACACCAUUGCUACCGCCGAUAAGAUGAACAACACGGCUGGGUCCUUUGCACUACUUGGAGCAAAGGUGCCCGAGGAUAGCAAAGUGAUUGAACGGCUGCGUAAGGCUGGUGCAAUAAUCCUAGGCGUCGAAACAUCUGGCUCCAUUAUCACGCCUGCACAAGUGGCCAACGUGGUGGGCAUCAAACCUACCGUAGGUCUGACUUCCCGGUACUUGGUAAUUCCUUCCUCGGAGCGUUUCGAUACUGUGGGCCCUAUCGCGCGUACUGUUAAGGAUGCCGCAUAUCUUCUGUCAGCAAUUGCAGGAAAGGACACGAAGGAUCCUUAUACAGCCGCGAUUCCUUUCGACAACGUCCCAGACUAUUCGACAGCCUGCAACGUAUCUGGUCUCAAAGGGCGCCGCAUUGGGGUUCCGCGGCAUCUUUUCAAGAAGUCGGGCCCAUCGAUAUCUGCAUUCGAGUCAGCACUGAAAACCAUCCGUGAUGCUGGAGCCGAGGUUGUCGAUGUUACGAUUCCUGGAAUACCAGAACUAAAUGCACGGGCACCGAAUGUCUUUAGUCGCGUUCUCGGCGCCGAUUUCAAGACCAAUCUCGCCGAAUACCUUUCGCACCUGUCUUCAAACCCACAUGGCAUAAAAUCGCUAGAAGCGCUUCGCUUUUUCACCAUUAUCAACCCCAAGGAGGAGUACCCCCAACGGGACAUGGCUUCGUGGGAUUGGAUUGUGCGGCACGGGCUCGAUGGUAAGUCCGAAGCCGCGCAACAAGACCGAUACACGAUGAUGGAAGUGGCUUGUGGACGAGAACCCAGUGUCUCUUUGUGCCUUACCGGUGUUCUGAAGGAGGAAAAGCUCGAUGCGAUUGUCUUUCCCAGUUCUGAGCCGGCGGCAAUCUUCAGCGCCACGCUGGUCGGGUCUCCUGUCAUUACGGUGCCGCUCGGGCGCACGCCGGAGUCGACACCAAGCAAGCUAAACUCGUACGGCAACUUGAAUGAGACGGGGCAAAACACACCGUUUGGCAUUGCGUUUUCCGGAGCCAAAUGGAGUGAAGAGACACUCAUUGGUAUGGCAUUUGCUUUCGAGCAGAAAACGCAGGUCCGGAAGAGUAUCAAACCACAUGUGUGCAACCUCAGACUGAGCUUGCAAAUAUCCUUCAAACUGGCUCUUGAGAUGCUGCCUAUAAAACCUAAAACGCGAGAAUCUCGGAGGGGGCCUGCUCGUAGUACGAGCUCUAGCAGUAGAGGAGGUAUAAAAUAG